AUGUCUUGCUGCUGUCGAACAGCCCCUACCGCAGUCUCAGACGCAGCCAUCUUCGUCCUGCUGCCAUGCGUUCCCUUCCUCUUCUACGACGUUGUCCAGGUCUCCUUCCACUUCCGCGAGUUCACGCCCAUCAGCCAGGCCACGCACAUUCUGUACAUUUGCUCGACCGGUUGCGGAACUCUCGGCGCCGUCCUCGCGCUCGCCGGUCGCGGCCGGUCGCGACUUCCGCCUCGAGUACCGCUCCUUCGGACUGCCAUGUGGGUCGCAAUGCUCGGCACGCUCCUCACGCUCGUAUGGAUCCCGAUGUAUUGCUACGCGACGGCGAACAGUGUCUCGCUCGAAAGCAAGAUUAUCAGCAUCGGCACUAUCCUCCUUCUCAUGCUCCCCAUCUACCUCUUCACCCUCGUCUGGCUCGUCUACGCCCUCCACCACCUCAUCCUUGAUGUCCUCACAAAGCCGCGCCCUGAAGGCUCGUCACAAGCUCUGCUUGACGACGCAGAAACGGGUUCGUCUGUCCCGCUCGCGCUGGAAAGAUCUGUCCCGCACGGACGUGCGAGGAGGGGGAGCAGGCGGACGACGGUUGGUAGUGGCGCAAGGCCGAAGGAGGAACGGAAGGAGAGGUGGAGCGAGGACGAGUCUAGCGGGAGCGAGCGAGGGCGGUACUAG